AUGACGACCAAGCCCGAAACCGACGUCUCUAUAGUAGUUGCAAAUGAAGUGAGGGAGUGGCAUUUUCACAUCUACUUUCGCCAGAAGAAUCCCGGUGAGCAUCACGCUGCGCUGGAGCUGCGUGAUGCCGUCUUGAGACUCUGUCGUGAUGGGGCUUUCGUCGCCGUGCCAUUGUUCCGUGUCAAUACGGAACCCAUGGGACCCCAUCCAGUGGGCUCCUACGAAAUUUGGGUCCCCGGAGAGAGCUUCUCAUCCGUAUUCUCGUUCAUCGCGCUGAAUCACGGACAAUUAAGCGUUCUUGUGCACCCCUUGACUUUGGAUGAGGUUCGGAUUCUGGAUCACGAACAUCGUAAUGCAUGGAUUGGCCCGCCGUUCCCGUUGGAUCUGUCUGCGCUCCCUGAGAAAGCAAGUUCAGUACCCUUGCAAUACCCGAGCCUCAGGAUGGGAUAUUCUUCGAAUGUCCCUCCGCUAACAAUGGAACAACGAAAGAAAAUCGGGGCUAAUAUCACACAUCUUUUGAGCAAGGAGAAGUUGGCGGCGAGACCACCUGUCUGGUAG